CGGGACACGUCUUCUUGCAGCAGCUUCGGAGCCGCUGUGUUUGGCCGACAUGGAGACUCUGUUCAGUUUGCCGUUCACUGUUCUGGAAUGUCCGAACAUUAAGCUCAAAAAGCCGUCAUGGCUGCACAUGCCGUCUGCCAUGACCGUGUACGCCAUAGUCAUCGUGUCCUACUUCCUCAUCACCGGUGGGAUCAUUUAUGACGUCAUUGUGGAACCUCCAAGUGUGGGCUCCAUGACCGACGAACAUGGUCACCAGCGGCCAGUCGCCUUCCUGGCAUACAGGGUAAAUGGCCAGUACAUCAUGGAAGGACUGGCCUCCAGCUUCCUUUUCACAAUGGGAGGACUGGGCUUCAUCAUCCUGGACCGCUCCAACGCUCCCAACAUUCCCAAAUUGAACCGAUUCCUUCUGCUCUUCAUCGGCUUCGUCAGUGUGCUGCUCAGCUUCUUCAUGGCCCGAGUGUUCAUGCGCAUGAAGCUGCCAGGUUACCUGAUGGGCUGAACUGACCCUCGAUGGUGGCCGGUGCCAUCAUCACUGCAAACAGCUGUGACCCUCCUCCAUUCUGGACUGUAAUAGAACCCGGCCAUGCCCAUGAAGAACGCUUGCUUUGUAAGGAAUUUGCCGGGCGAGUUUUUGUAUGAAGUCCAAUAAAUGUUCAUUUUCA